AUGUCAGUCUUCAACACUUCUGAAGUAGAACUCUCAACUUUCUUCCUCACUGGGAUCCCAGGGAUGGAGCAUGCUUACCUUUGGAUCUCCAUCUCAAUUUGCUUCAUAUACCUCAUUUCCAUCCUAGGGAACUGCACCAUCCUUUACUUCAUAAAAACAGAGACUUCUCUGCAUGAACCUAUGUAUUACUUUCUCUUCAUGCUGGCCUUUUCUGACCUGGGAUUGUGCAUCUCCUCCCUUCCAACCAUGCUGAGAAUCUUCUUGUUCAAUGUCACUUCCAUUUCCCCUGAUGCCUGUAUUGCACAGGAGUUUUUCAUCCAUGAAUUCACAGCAAUGGAGUCAUCAGUUCUUGUUAUCAUGUCUAUGGAUCGCUUUAUAGCCAUUGGCAACCCGCUUAGAUAUACCUCCAUCCUGACCACUGGCAGAAUCAUUAAAAUUGCACUUGCAUUUGGAGCAUUGUGUAUUUUGCUUGUCCUUCCAUUCCCUUUUAUUCUAAAGAGACUAAAAUUCUGUAAGAAAAACCUUUUAUCCCAUUCCUACUGCCUCCACCAGGAUGUCAUGAAGUUGGCCUGUUCUGACAACAGAAUUAAUGUCAUAUAUGGAAUGUUUGUAGCUACUUUAUCUUUACUUUUCCUAUUUUUUAUUUUUGUGUCAUACAUUCUGAUUCUGAAAAUUGUUCUAGGUAUUUCCUCACACAAGGGUCGCCUCAAAGUUUUUAACACAUGUGUCUCUCACAUCUGUGCUGUACUGAUAUUCUAUGUGCCUAUAGUCACCUUGGCUGCCCUUCAUCGCUUUGGUAAAAAUGUUUCUUCAAUUGUUAGGAUAUUAAUAGCUGAUCUCUUCCUUUUGCUUCCCCCUCUGAUGAAUCCCAUUGUGUACUCUGUGAAGAGUCAACAGAUUAGAAAUCGGAUUCUGGCAAAAUUUCGUCAGAAACAGGAUUAA